AAUAGGGUUUUGAGAUUAGGUUUUUCAAGCUCUCACAUUUCUUCUUUGUUUUGCUGGUACUUACUCUUCUCGUCUGCUCUCGUCUGUCAUUGCGGCUAGGGUUUCUCUCUCCUUUUCUUCUUCAUUUUUGAGGUGUAAGAAAGCUGGGUUAUUGGAGGUUGUAAGCUAGCUAUAGAUCUAUAUUAAUGGAAUUGAGAGAGGACUAGGGGUUCGUUGUUGCUGUUGCGGUUGAAUCGCUUAGGGUUUUUCUCGGUCCCGAUCGGAAAUGGCAUCCGCGAACCCUUUUGAUCUGUUGGGUGAUGAUGAUAACGACGACCCGUCGCAGCUGAUCGCUGCUCAGCAGCAGAAGGUCGUCGCCCCGAAGAAACCCGCAGCUGCCAUCCAAUCCACUGCUCAACAGCAGCCCAAGCAGGCUAAGCUUCCGUCAAAGCCUCUCCCGCCGGCUCAGGCUGUGAGGGAGACUAAGAAUGAAGCUGCUCGUGGUGGGGGCCGUGGUGGGCGUGGAUAUGGGCGUGGACGUGGUGGAUUUAGCCGAGAUCGAGAAGCGGUCAACAAUGAAAAUGCAUAUGGCAACAAUGGAGUCCCUGGAGGAUAUAGUGCCCCUGAAGAUGGUGAUACUGGGAGACCCACUGAAAGGCGUGGUGAUGGUGGAUCUCGUGGUGGCUAUCGUGGUGGCCGUCGAGGUGGUUUCAGCAAUGGAGAUCUGGGUGAUGGGGAGCGUCCUAGAAGGUUAUUUGAGCGUCGUAGUGGGACUGGACGGGGGAGUGAAUUCAAACGUGAGGGAUCUGGUCGUGGGAAUUGGGGAACUCCUGCUGAUGAACUUGCUCAGGAGACUGAGGAGGUUGCCAACACCAAUGAAAAGAUCAUGAUCUCUGAGAAGCCAGUUGAGGAAGUUGCAGAUGCCAACAAGGAGAAUCCUGUGAAUGAGACGGAAGAGAAGGAACCUGAAGAAAAGGAGAUGACUCUCGAUGAGUAUGAGAAGCUGCUGGAAGAAAAAAGGAAGGCUUUGCUAGCUCUGAAGACUGAGGAAAGGAAGGUUGAUGUGGACAAGGAGCUUAAAUCUAUGCAACAGCUUUCCAACAAAAAGGAAAACAAUGAUGUGUUCAUUAAAUUGGGCUCUGACAAGGACAAGCGGAAAGAGAUGGCUGAGAAGGAAGAGAGAGCUAAGAAGUCUGUCAGCAUCAAUGAGUUUUUAAAGCCUACUGAAGGUGAGAGGUACUACAGUCCUGGAGGAAGGAGGGGUGGUCGUGGAGGUCGUGGCAGAGGAGGUUAUAGUGGAGGUGGCAUGAAUUACAAUGCAGGGGCCCCUUCCAUUGAGGAUCCUGGGCAGUUCCCAACCUUAGGUGCCAAGUGAGAUCUACCAAUUUCUUCUGGACAUCAUCUCCUUGGUUUUUCCUUGUUUUGGGUUCAUCAUUUACUUUUGAUCUUGAGUAGUACGAGUGGCAGGAAUAAUGAGGUUUCCUGUAUCAAAAGAUCUUUUAAACCCUUUUAAAUUAAAUAUUCUAAAGUGUAAAUUUAGGUUUUUUUCCCCA